CAGAGCCGCGUCCCGCCUGCCACAUCCCAGAAAAACCAAGCUGCGGGGAGCAGACCCUUUCUGAUCUGAGCCAUCUGCAGUUUGCUGACACCUGAAAUGCCUGCCGAUUUCAAUGGUUACUGGAAAAUGCUGAGCAAUGAGAAUUUCGAGGAGUAUCUGAAAGCCCUGGAUGUCAAUGUAGCCGUGAGAAAAAUUGCCAGUUUACUCAAACCGGACAAAGAGAUCGUCCAGAAUGGCGACCAUAUGAUCAUCCGCACUCUGAGCACUUUCAGGAACUACAUCAUGGAAUUCGACGUAGGGCAGGAGUUUGAGGAGGAUCUGUCCGGCGUGGACGAUCGGAAAUGCAUGACCAAGGUGAGCUGGGAAGGUGACAAACUCCAAUGUGUACAGAAAGGUGAGAAGGAAGGCCGAGGUUGGACCCAAUGGAUUGAAGGCGAUGAGCUGCAUCUGGAAAUGAGGGUGCAAGGUGUUAUGUGCAAGCAAGUUUUCAAGAAGGUACAGUGAACCUGACAUCAAGAAGAAGGGCUGAGUUGAAAUGUCUGUCUGACCCCCGUCACUUCCUGCUGUUAGAGGGCCAGGAAUAAUGCCUGACCAAUUAGAGAGCCUACCAUCCCUGUGCACAUGUCAUCCAAGUCCAUCCUUUGCUUUUUCAUAGUUUCUUUAUUAAAAAGAAAUCAUUACAAAUAAA